AUGGAAAGAUUUUUUAAGAGAAAGUCAUCAUUGGUUAGUUCGAAUAAUGUGGAUAGUUCAAGAACUUCAAGUUCAAGACAAAGUGAGUUAGAUGAGGUUUUGGCUAAUCUUCAGGCAUACCUUAGACUAAGAAUUCAUAUGAUUGAGUAUGAUACUAAUAUUAUCGAUGAGGUUCGAAGAGCAUAUCUACAAAAAGGACCUUGUCAACCUAGAGGUAGUGACGCCUUCACUGGAGCAGGGUUUAAGAAUUGGAAGAAAGGGAGAGAAAGAAUGAAGGUGCAUGUUGGACCAGUUGGUAGUGUUCAUAAUAAAGCUAGAGAAGCCGCUACAAAUUUGAUGAAUCAAAAUACACAUAUUGAAACGGCUGUGAGCAAACACUCUGAACAAGCUAACAAUGAUGAGAAAGUUAAAGAAGUUGUGUUGGAAAAUGCUCCGGGGAAUCUCAAGUUAGUAGCUCCAAAGAUUCAAAAAGAUAUUGUCAAUGCAUGUGCCGGGGAAACACUUGAUGUUAUCAUGAGUGAUUUAAAAGAUAGAUUCUUUUCUAUAUUGGUGGAUGAAGCACGUGAUAUUUUUGUGAAAGAGCAAAUGGCUAUGGUGUUGCAUUAUGUGGAUGACAAAGGGCAUGUAAUUGAAAGGUUUGUGGGGGUUCAACAUGUUACCGACACCACUUCAAGUUCACUAAAGGAUGCCAUUGACAUAUUCUUUUCUUCCAAUGGUUUGAGCUUUUCCAAGUUACGAGGACAAGGUUAUGAUGGAGCUAGCAAUAUGAGAGGUGAGUUGAAUGGCCUUAAAACAAAGAUUUUGAGAGAACAACCUUGUGCAUACUAUGUUCAUUGCUUUGCUCAUCAACUUCAACUAGCACUUGUUGCCGUAGCAAAGAAGAAUAUUGAUAUUGCCUCUUUCUUCACAACCACUAAUAGUGUGGUUAACCAUGUUGGAGCAUCGUGUAAGCGGCGUGAUGCACUUAGAGCACAACUCCAAGAAGAACUUGUGAUAGCUUUUGAAAAUGAUUGUCUUAUAACGGGGCGAGGUUUGCAUCAAGAAACAAGUCUCAAAUGUGCCGGUGACACACGAUGGAGCUCACAUUACGGUACCAUUAUUAGCAUCAUUUCUAUGUUUUCAUCUGUGAUUCAUGUGCUUCAAAUGAUUAUUGAUGAUAAUCCCAAUGAUAGUGCCGGUGAAGCAAAUAAGAUUCAAAGGGAAAUGCUUACUUUUCAGUUUGUGUUUCACCUAUUCUUAAUGAAGGCUAUAUUGGGACUCACAAAUGAUGUGUCACAAGCAUUGCAAAAGAAAGAUCAAGAAAUUGUGAAUGCAAUGGCUUUGGUGAAAUCAUGCAAGGAAAAGCUACAUUGGAUGAGGAAUAAUGGGUUUGAUGCAUUGGUUGAAGAGGUGUCUUCAUUUUGUGACAAACAUCAUAUUGAUGUUCCUAACAUGGAUGAGGCCUUCGUACUUCCAAGGAGGUCAAGGCGUAAUGCUCCAAUAAAGACAAAUCGUCAUCAUUAUCGUGUGGAGCUCUUUAUUUAUAUCAUUGAUGAGCAACUUACGGAGUUAGAUGAUCGUUUUAAUGAGGUAAAUACUGAGUUGCUUAUUUGUUUGGCAUGUUUGAGUCCGAAUGAUUCAUUUGUAGCUUUUGAUAAACAAAAGCUACUUUGUCUUGCUCAAUUUUAUCCUCAAGACUUUUCGGAUGGGGAUCUUUUGGCACUUGAUGAUCAACUUGAGCUUUAUAUUCAUUAUGUGAGUUCGAGUAGUGAUUUCUGUGACUUGCAAGGGAUUGGUGAUCUUGCAAAAAAAAUGGUGGAGACAAGGAUGCAUCGAGCAUUCAAUUAUGUGUAUUUGCUUAUUACAUUGGCUCUAGUUUUACCGGUUGCUAUUGCUUCAGUCGAGAGGGCAUUCUCCGUCAUGAAUAUUAUCAAAGGUCCACUUCGGAACAAAAUGGGAGAUCAAUGGUUGAGUGAUAGCUUGCUUGUUUAUGUUGAGAAGGAUGUUUUUGAUUGUAUUGAAAAUGAAGCUAUAAUGCUACCUUUUAAUAAACAAAAGCUACUUCCUCUUGCUCAAUUUUAUCCUCAAGACUUUUCGGAUGAGGAUCUUUUGUCACUUGAAGAUCAACUUGAAUUUUAUAUUCAUUAUGUGCGUUAG